AUGGCCGGAACGAGUAAAGAAAUGACGGUUGUAGGAGAAAAUGAAGAACUCGAGGAUCACCCAAUCGAUAGAUUAAUUGAUUUGGCCACGGAAAAUCCGAAGUUGGGAGCUGUUGAGCUUUGUCUCCUGCAGUCAAACUGUUUGAAAGAGUAAGUGAAGAGUUCUGUCUUUUCCUACGAUUUAGGUUUCCAACGGAUUUUGGAGAAGAGUCUGAGGGUUAUCAAGAUGCUUACGGCGAGGUUCAGAAGUUAUUCAUCCAAGUUUCUAACUUAAAAGUGGCUGCAGACCCUGCAGUUCAAUGUAAAAUCAACUCGGAUGUAUAUUAUUGGCUAUUUCUAAUUAAACGACUUGUUCCACAGAUCUUCGAGAAAAAUCAGAAGAGUUUGACAAAAAUUAUUCGACUAACUUUGGACGGAUUGGUAUUUCAACUAGCUCAUGAGGAAUAUGACGAUUUUGAACGGUAGGGUUCAUAUUUUCUUUACUGUUUUGUGUUUUAGAUGUGCGGUAGUUGUAACUCACAUAUUGCGCGAUCUGGAGCCAUACGCAAAGAGUGCUGCGAUUUUCUUGGCCAUCCACAACAUCGUGUCAAGUAAGAAGAAAAAGGCGAAGCAAGUGUACUUUGAAUGGGCCAAGGAUGCUCCGCAAUCCACGAGUAUUCUUAUUCUUGAAGUUCUUUGGAAAUUGCAUGAUCUGGGACUGGAAGCAUGGAAAACGAGUAAGAAAAAUAUAAUUUAUAUUGUGCAUGAGUGUAUUUUCUUUCAUAAUAUCUGUUUUCUUGCUUCCAGGGCAAGAAAUUGAUAUACUGGAUGUUGGGCGUCUGAUGAGAUUCUCCUUUGAAGCGAAGCGCGACAGAAUUUUAGACAUCUGCCAAGAGAAUUUGAUAAAGAUUUUGAAGAAGUCCAGUUUCGAUUGCUUUAUUUAUCUCCGAGAUCUGUUCUACCGAUUGGGAUUGCCAUCGAAGCAUCCCUUUUCUCUGGCGGUAUCGGCCGUGAUUCUGAGGAAAUGGGCUUGUUUUGAACCGAUGGAACCAUUGGGAAGGGAGAUCAUCAACACAGUAAUCGAUGGAAAGGUAAACUAAAACUACUAAUUGAUCACAAUUAUUGUUACAGGAAGAAGUAGUCGAGGUGUAUUAUGAGAUCCUCUUCGAAUUCCUCCGAGAUUCACAUAGAUGCAUUGACGAAGAGAAAUUAAAAAAAAUUCUGGACCAUUUGUGUAAAAAUAUCGAUGAAACCAUAUCUCAUCCAUGGCGAUUCAAGCUUUUCAAUCUCUUCUUCACACUUAGGGAUACCCAAAUUCCAGUUCCUGCGAGUGUAAGUUGUUUGCAAAAGUUCAGAAUAUUGUAGUAUAUUUGAUGAUCUAAUUUUUAAGAUUCUUUUCCUUUUCAGUUUGCCAUAAAUUCUGUUCUCCCCCGGUACGACGAAUUCAAGAAAGACCCAGCUUUGGGACCACUAUUUAUCCAAUUAAAACACCUCUGCCAUCUUGUUUUACAACAACGAGAGAGGCUUUUACAGGUAGCUGGAAGCAAAUUCAAGGGGAAGAGCAAGGCGCAGAAGGCGCUUACAGCCCUGAAACCGGGAUUGGGUAGGUUUCAACUGGAUUUUCAAUUUUAUACAGGAAAUGUAAUAUUAGACCAAAAAGGUUCUCAAAUGUUACAGUAACCCACAAUUAAACGCAAAACUUUUGGGCUGAGCCGGGGAUCGAUCCCGGGACCUCUCGCACCCUAAGCGAGAAUCAUACCACUAGACCACUCAGCCGACGUUCAGCUUGCUCUUAUCCACCGAUCUGCUUCUCGGGAUUCUUUGUCAAUGGAGAGUAGCUUUGAAAACGUUUUGCGAAAUGAAAAAGAAAAGAAUAAUUGGUUCAAAAAAGAAAUCCUUCGAAUGGUCAGCUCUUUCCGAGCGUGGCUGAGUGGUCUAGUGGUAUGAUUCUCGCUUAGGGUGCGAGAGGUCCCGGGAUCGAUCCCCGGCUCAGCCCAGAAUUUUUGAUUUGGUGAUCUGCAUACUUGUUUCUACCGUAGUUACAUUAUUUUUUCUUUUUAGGCUCUCUUUUGUCCAGUACUUACAUUGAAGACAAGAAAAAGGAACAGCAGAAAGAAGGCGAGCAAAGCGAAGAACCAGAAAGUUCAAAGGUGGAAGAGCUCUUCAAGGGCAUCAAAGUGGAUGAGGAAGUUGUUUUAAGCAGCGAUGAAGAAGAGGUGAAGGUUCUCGAAGUCAAACGGAAGAAGAUAAGUAGUGGGAUUGAGGUGAUCGGAGAGAAAAAACCGAAAGUUGCAAUUGUUGAUGAUUUGAACAAGAUCCUCGUCCAUCAAGAGGAGGACGCCAAAAUUGAAGAGAAUUCCGAGGUAAGAAGAAUUAUAAUGAUUCAUUUAAUACCAUAUUUUUUAGGUACCUAUCGAAAUUGAUGGUGACGAGGAAGAAAUUUAUGUUGAAGAAGAAGAUGACGACGAAGUAGUGACCUUUUUGGAUAUGGAGAUGCCAAAGAGGAGGGCUAAAGAGAUCUUCCAGACCACGUUCGGGACAACGGAAGUCAUCCCCGGCAGGCUCAAAGUGCGGCUUGACCCAUUGAAACCCAAGGAAAUUGAGGUAAGAACGGCUCUUUAUACUGAAGACGAGCGAUAGGUUAUGAUGAUUGAGUAGUUUUUAGCGGUUUGGUAGUUUACAAAAUUAUAGAAAAAAAUUUGGCAAAAAAUUGGAAAAAGUAUUCUUGGGCUGAGCCGGGGAUCGAUCCCGGGACCUCUCGCACCCUAAGCGAGAAUCAUACCACUAGACCACUCAGCCACGCUUCAAACAAGCCUUUUUCCACGAAUGGGUUUCGGAGGCUUUCGAAGAAAGAAACGAACGCAAACUGGUUUUGGAUUUGUUUUAUAAGAACUGGGGAGAUAAUCAGUUCUUUGUGGUUUCGAAAAGUUUAUUGCAAUCGAUGUAAAUGUGUCAUUUUUCGCAUUUUUUUCUUUUGUAAAAUUUUUGACGGCUUUAUGUCAAGUGUAAUUUAAUUUUAAUUUCAGGACGGCACAACCAAUGUUAUGGAAAACCGCUCGAAUCCGCAGUUGGAAAAGAGGAUCCGCGAUAUCUUCGAUCCGGUAAAUUCCGAAAGAGAGAUUGCAAAAGUGGCCAAUGAAUUAAAUAUCCGCGAAGAAGAUCUGACUGGGGACUACAAUAUUGGAGAAGAGGACCCCGAAUUCAUCAAAGAAACAGCCAAUCAGAUUGCGGAGAUGUUCAAACAGCAGAUGGGAUUCAAAUAA